CCAUUCCUCCUAUUCUGUCGUUCCAGUUCAGCAGUAUUGUUCCCAAUUUCCAUUUAAAGAAACUCACAGGGAAGCAGAGUUUCUCCUUGCAUUCCUCCUGGACUCAGUCUUUCCUUUACACCCCUUCCUUCAAAAACAUGGUUAUUCAUGUUUAUGCUUAAGACAUUUAAAGGGAAGGGGAGUUUGAUCUCUCCUCUCCCAGUCCAGUUAUGUGCUUCCUGGUGUUGUGGUGUCUAGUAAUGGACAGGAGGAGUUGAUCAUCAUCAGAAGAACAGAAGGAAUGAGACCAGGGGCUGCCGCGCUCUGAGAGAGAGAGAGAGAGAUACGGAUGUGAGAGCUGAAUGAGAGGGAGGCGUGUGAGUGCCAGAGAGAGUAGUGAGAGAGGGGUGUGAGUGCCAGAGAGAGUAGCGAGGGAGGGGUGUGAGUGAGAGUUUGAGAGAGGCGGCACAACACUGAGAGCGGACUUCCCUAGGAGCUGCUCACUGCUACAACGCCACAACUCACAGCUAGGGGACAAAACACACCCCAACACACUCAGACUGUACACACACCCAGCCGAGAGGAGGCUUUAUACACUUCUGACCGAGAGGCUUUGUGAAAUUUCCGUGUAUUGAUAUCGAAGUGGACACAAACCCAGUCACAAUGGAAGAGAAUAUGGAAGAAGGACAGAAUUCAAAAGGAUGCUUUGAGUGCUGCGUCAAAUGCCUGGGCGUCCUCCCGUAUGCCUCUCUCUUCGCCACCAUCCUUCUGUACGCUGGGGUGGCGCUGUUCUGCGGCUGCGGGCACGAGGCCCUCUCUGGCACCGUCACCAUCCUGCAGAACUACUUCGAGGUGGUCCGAGCUCCCGUGGAAACCCUGGACGUCUUAACCAUGAUUGACAUCUUGAAGUAUGUCAUCUACGGCAUAGCGGCGGCAUUCUUCGUCUACGGCAUCCUGCUGAUGGUGGAGGGCUUCUUCACCACCGGCGCCAUCAGGGACCUGUACGGAGACUUCAAGAUCACCGCCUGCGGACGGUGCGUCUCCGCCUGGUUCAUUAUGUUGACCUAUAUCUUCUUCCUGGCCUGGUUGGGUGUGACAGCCUUCACCUCGCUGCCCGUCUUCAUGUACUUCAACAUCUGGACCAUCUGUCAGAACACCACUGUGGUGGAGGGGGCCAACCUCUGCCUGGACCUGCGCCAGUUUGGCAUGGUAACUAUCGGAGAGGAGAGGAAGGUGUGCACGGGCUCUGAGAAGUUCUUUAAGAUGUGCGAGUCUAACGAGCUGGACAUGACGUUCCACUUGUUCGUCUGUGCCCUGGCCGGGGCUGGGGCUGCAGUUAUCGCCAUGGCGUCAGCUGCCACGGUCCUCAUCCGUAACAAAGUCCUCCUGACGUCUCAGAGUCUGGGCAAAUACUGCACCCGCUUCUGACGGGGGCCUAUCGGUUGGCCCAUCACCUUUACCCCUGACCUCAGUGGUCUCAGUGACAUCACUGUACGCCGUCAGGAGCUGAGAGGAGCCGACCGCCUCGAUAUCAACAUGGCCGAACUGAACUCUGAACCUCGGAGCUUAGGGGUCGCCCCCAAAGCAUCGCCAGCUCUGUCAUCGGUCACGUCACAUGAUUCUGUUGUUAUUCACUAAAAUAUGCUUUGCUGGCACCACUGAUUAUAAUAACCAAGCUCCUCUGGUUGCUAUCGAUAGGUAUGUUGAUAACCGAGCUCUCCUGUCACGCCCCGUUCACCUGACUAGCACAAAUGCUGACACAGUCGUAACAGACACAGAGCUCACUAAAAAAUAAGGUUGAUCAACUAAUCCAUCCCUUAAAGUUUGGUUGGUUUGAUUUGGUUUGAAACCAGUGAAGGCACAGUGCCACUAAACGAUCUGCUUUGGGCUUUUGAUUACAGCUUUGUCUAAUCAUCUAACUAACUCUGUUUCAGCCUAAUGAAUGAAUCAAUAAACUCUGCCCUGAGGUAUAGGCUCGGUCGAGAGGUUAACAAUCCUCCCACUAACAUCCCUGUAACCCAUGUGUCCCUCUAAUACAGGUCCACUACCUAAUGGUACUGUCUGCUAACUGGGCCUACGUGAAGGACGCGUGUCGGAUGCAGAAGUACGAGGACAUCAAGUCCAAGGAGGAGCAGGAGCUCCACGACAUCCACUCCACUCGCUCUAAAGAGCGUCUCAAUGCAUACACCUAAAGCACACGACCCCCCUCCGCCCCCCCCGUCCCCCCCCCCGUCCCAUCCCAUCCCGUCCCCCUAUCCUUCCUUCCCUCCCUCCCCAACACACACACACGUCCAUGACACACACGCAGCAGAACACACACAGAAAUCACACAAGCUAUUCAAUGUCUGGUGUUUAUGUUCGUAGGGGCACAAGUGUAAGGGGGGGGGGGUUUGUGGUGUCGUGUUGUGGGUGGUUUCGACUUCACUAAGCUUACGGGUGUGACGAGACAAGUCGUUCCUACGGGAUACCGGGUGUUUCUCUGACCAACCCUUCUUUCCUGUAUUGAGAUUUCCUUUCUAUUUCUCCUCCUCUUUACUCCUCCCUUUCCUGUCCCGUUUCUUCUUCUCAUACCCUACCCUUUCUCCCCUUUCUCCUCUUCUACCUCUUCCCCUCUUCUUUUUCCCUUUGCAUUUUGUAUAUUGGUAGUAGCACAUCUUUUUACAAUGUGUCAUUGCUUUUUACCAUGUGUUGUUCUAUAUCUCGACGUCGAGUGCUUCCAUUUAUUUAUGUUUGGUUUUAGGAGGGGUCGGGCUGGGGGCUGUUGAGUUUUUAAUCGCUUUUUAAUUCACAUUUCCGCGUAAUUGAUAUUUAUACGUUCCUAAACACUCGUCAUCCAACGGAGCUCCAAUCAUACAUAGGUUUUAACAUCCAUUUUUAUUUCAACAUAUCCACUUAACAAGACCAAAAUGUGACCGAAACUUGUAUCAUUUACAGGUAAAUUACAGCAUAAUAAGCUUCCGAAACAGUCAGCAUCGCCGGUAUAAAAACUAUGUACAGAAUCUUUUUUUCAGAAAAUUCUUUAUUGGUUGGGAGUGCCAGGGAUUCUCAAACAGAACAAAGUACCUUCUAGAGGCUUUUUACAUAUUGCUAUAACUGUAGCUUGGCCUGUCAGAAACGUAUGCUGGCUUUGUUGAGUAGCCUAGUCAUUGAACGUGAAAAACACUGAUUGUCUGUCAAUAAUAAUAGUGUUCUGAAGCUGUGAAAAGAAAACAGUUGUUUGAGUGGCAAGUCAGUGGAGUGAGGAAGACGAUGAUGAUGAUAUGUCGUAGAAGUAGAGGGAAUGACAUGACGUAGAAAUCCAUCUGAUAGAAUGGCCUUUCAGGAUGUCGCCGUGGGGGAAACUCUGUAGAAAACCACUCUUCUCAUUUAUCACAAGGCCAUAACUCACAUGCAAAAUAACAUUUUACAGGUUUCAUUUUUAUAUGUUUUAAUCUUCAACUUUUUAAAUGCAAGUUAACAGAAGAAGAAAUACCAGAUGUUUUUUUGUCAGUAUUCUGCUCUGUAUAUAUAUAUCUACGGUAUAUAAAUAUAUACAUAUAUGUGAGACACUUCAAUUUCAGGUCAUUCAUUUCAUUGGUCAAAGUUUGGUGAUAUUCUUGUGAACGUCCAUUUCAGAGAUUCCAGUUAAAUAAAUAUGGUAACAGGAUCUAGACGGCAAGAGGAUGAACAAGCUUUAGGCCUGAAGCGGCCGUAUUGCUACACGUGGAAACAGUUGAAUAUCACAUUGAAAGAUAACUUAACCGUCUGCAGGGUUGGGUUCAAUUCCAUUUAAGUCCAGUCAAUUCCGGAAAUAAACUGAAAUUCUUGCAGAAUUUACCGAAUUGAAAGAAAACUGACCCAAACCCUGACUGUCUGUGAAGCUAUACUAAAAAAAACAUGAAAUGUCAAUAAAACAAUUAAAACCAUAUUACUCUUGAGUAUGGACCAAACUCUGUCUUAACUCUUUCUACUACUCUAGUUUUGCAGUACAGCGUUUCAUCAUUCCGUUCCUAACAAAAAAAGAACAACAAUGUCUUGGUGCACUUAUUCAACCAUCAUGAGCUCUUUCUUGGUGUUACGUGCGUUUGGAUUUGAAGCCGAAUCUCUGUACUGUAGUCAUGCAACGUUUGGUUAUUAACCAAUAAAAACAUUACUUGUAUUAUCUAGGUAAAAAAGAACCGUGAAUCUAGCUGUUAUUUGUGGCAUGGUUAUGCAUUCAGUGGUAAUAGUUUUUAACUGAUUCAAAAAGUAAAAAUAUCCUCUCUCUUUAUCAUUUUCAUUUCUCAUUUUUACGCUUGGACUGUCUGAGUCAACUGAUUUCUUAUAUGUGCAGUAUUGCAGUUCCUGCGCUAACAGUAUUAUGCUAAGUAAACAAAUAUUAUUAACCUAUUAGGUUGUAGUGAAUGAUUUUGUUUCCCUUCCUCCUUUAGUUGGUAAUAUUCCUUUUUGAAAGCCCUGUCUUAUAAAACAGAUACUACUUGUAAUGAUGUUGCGUAUUCACUUCUUCAGCAUAAACCUGAUAAUGCUUUCCGCUUUCUCCUCCCAUAUUAGUCUUU